AUGGGCAGUCUCGGAACACCGGUUUCCAAGCGAUGGCCGAACCCUCCUUUGGCCGAUUCGGUCUUCCAAAUGUUCUCCAUGAAAGGCAAGGUGACUAUCAUCACUGGCGGCUCAGGUGGUAUUGGAUAUGAAGUUGCCCGCGGUCUAGCUGAGGCCGGCUCUGAUGUUGCUUUGUGGUACCACAAGUCGACAAACGCGAGCAAGCUUGCCGCGUCGCUCGAGAAAGACUUUGGCGUUAAAUCCAAGGCUUAUCAAUGCGAUGUGGCCGAGUACGAUCAGGUCAAAGCUACCGUGGAUGCUGUCGUCCAGGAUUUUGGCCGGCUUGACGUGAUGAUUGCCAAUGCCGGCAUCCCCUCCAAGGCUGGCGGUUUGGAUGAUAAGCUAGAGAACUGGCACCGUGUGGUGAAUGUCGAUUAUAACGGCGCCUACUACUGUGCUCGAGUAGCGGGCGAGAUCUUCCGGAAGCAAGGCAGCGGCAACCUCAUUUUUACCGCAUCCAUGUCAGGACAUGCCGCCAAUGUUCCGCAACAGCAAGCUUGCUACAACGCCUGCAAAGCCGGAGUCAUCCACCUAGCCAAGUCGUUGGCGGUAGAGUGGGCCGGCUUUGCUCGUGUCAAUGCCGUCAGCCCGGGCUAUAUUGACACUGCCAUCUCAGCCGAUUGUGCAUUCGAGAUGAAGGAGGCUUGGUACGAGCUGACGCCUCAGAAGAGAGACGCAGAUCCCCGCGAGCUCAAGGGUGUCUAUUUAUAUUUGGCGUCAGAUGCAAGCACGUACACUACCGGCGCCGACAUUGUGGUAGAUGGCGGAUAUACCUGCAGAUAG